UUGGAGGGUCAAGUGUGGGACAAUGGUUUUUCCUGGGGGGCCAGGUGCCCCCUCUGUAGCUCCGCCCCUGGUUUUGAGGCAUCAAUGGGUUCCACAUUGAAAUAAAUCUGAGUUAAAUUAAAUAAACUGCAAUCUUCAGAGAAAAAAACUUGUCUUUUUCAACUUGAUAAAGUAAAAAAAAUUUUUUUUUCAUAUUUAUGCACGAAUAGAAUAUAUUUUUCCUUAAAAAAAUGUUUUAUACAGAGACUGCAGUAAGUUUAUUUGAUUCAAUAAAUAGAAAAUAAUGACUUCAAGUUAAAAUUCAAGCACAUUUUCUGACCCUUAAGGCAAAUAAUUUAAAUUACUUUGUUUUAUUGUGAAUAGUUCAUAUUUCUGGUAAAAUAAAAAAUUAAAAAAACAAAAUCAAGUCAAAAACGUUUUUAAAAAGUCUUUUUUUUUUUAGGUGUCAGUACUGUAUGAGAGCAUUUGUAGGAAUCUGACGUAUUGGUCUGCAAGUCAUUUACCAUUUACCAAAAAAGAACAAGUCGAAUCUUAUCAGGAAGUUCAUCAGCUGUGAAAGUCACAUGUUACUGAGACCUCUGAAAGUUUCACACACAUAGUGACAAGUGUCACAGCAUCAGAGAAGAUGGAGCAGAUCGAUGCCAUGUUAAAUGAUCUGAUCGGAGAGAUGGAUCAACUCUCUCAGUCUCUGAAUGUUGAAGACGACACAGCAGAAGUGAAGGAUGCUUCACAGGAGCAGAGCAGCUUCUCCAUCGGCUUCACAGACCUUAAGGAGUCACUCAACGAACUGGAAGAUCAGGACCUGGAUGCUCUGGUGGCCGACCUAGAAUCAAAAAGCUCCUCUGAAGAAUUACCCCCCUUUGAAGAAGCCGUCAGCCUCGUGGAGGAGCAGCCGCCUCCUGCUUUGACUCAUGAGCCGCCGCUCACAGUUCCCCCUGAAGUGACUGAAGAACCGUCCAGUUUGAUGCAAACUACAAAAGCUCAAACAAAGUUGGAUAAAAUUAAAAUGGCUUUGGAGAAGCUGAAAGAAGCUAAAGUGAGAAAGUUAAUAGUAAAAGUCCUGAUGAGUGACGGCAGCUCCAAGACUCUGAUGGUGGACGGGAGGCAGACGGUGCGAGAGGUUCUGGAUACGCUCUUUGAGAAGUCACACUGCGACCAAAACAUUAACUGGAGCCUGUGUGAGACCAACCCCGAGCUGCAGAUCGAACGAGAUCUGGAGGAUCACGAGUUCUUCGUGGAGCUCCUGUCUGACUGGAUUCGCCACAGCGAGAACAAAGUCCACUUCAUCACAAGACCCCAUAAGUAUGUGAUGUUCACAGACCCACAACUGUUUUUCAUGUGGAAAAAGAAGAUCUCCAGUCAGGGGGUUGUUAACAAACAGACCAAAGAACUCCUAAUCAAGGAGCAUUUUGGAGGCUCCAGUGUGAUUGUGCCUGAUCUUGAGGGGAAGCUGUACCUCAAAGAAGAUGGGAAGAAGGUCUGGAGAUCUCAGUACUUCCUGCUGAGAGCCUCCGGCCUUUAUUAUGUACCCAAAGGAAAGACAAAGUCUUCGUCUGAUCUCGCCUGCUUUGUCCGCUUUGAGAAAGUCAACGUCUACACAACCAGCAACUACAGAGAGAAAUUCAAAGCUCCAACCAGCUUCUGCUUUGUGUUAAAGCAUCCCUGCAUCCAGAAGGACUCUCCCUACAUCAAGAUCCUGUGCUGUGAAGAUGAAGACUCUCUCCUGCUUUGGGUCACCUCAAUCAGAAUAGCUAAGUACGGACCCGUCCUCUAUCAGAACUAUCAAGAAGCUGUGAAAAGACUCUCCAUUCUCCAGACUGUACGGAACAAAGAUGCCCCCAGACUCAAGGACCAGGAUGAUCAGUCCAAUGGCAACACCUUUGUGGUCAACCCAUGUGCGGAUCCAUCUCCACCGGCUGAAUUUGAUUCAGAUUUAGACGAACCACCGCCUAAUUUCAUCCCUCCAUCCCCCCCAAGACACGCAACCCCCUGACUCUCAUCUCCUUCAGUCAGCGGGCUAAAAAUGACUGCUUUAAGCCUUUUUAUUGUUACAUGCUUAUAAUUAGGGGGAUAUAUUAAAAUUGUACAUAUUUAUUUGCACUUCCUAAAUAUAGAUACUUAAAUAAAAUGUUUUUAUUGUUUUAUAAAAAUGGCUUUAACAAAAAAAAAAACACUGUUCAUUCGUGUGCUUCAAUGAGCUUUUUAUUACAAAAAGACUGUACAUAAAUUUAAAUGACCACAAUCUAUAUACAUAGGACACACAUCAGAUUCUGUUCCCAUGAAUAUUUCUUUUUUUUAUUCCACAUUUGAUCAGAAGAAAAACACAUCUGAAGAAGGUGUCUUCUCCCAUGAUGCCCUGAAACGUUUCAGUGGUAAACAUUACAAAUUUUCUGUAUGCCAGUGAUCGUCAUAUGAUUCUUUUUUUUUUUAUGGAAAAAAAAAA